AUGGCGGCAACGCCAUGGUCAGUUCUUCUCAGUUGCCUCGCCGGCGUGCUGCAAGCAGCUCAUGCCCAGCCUGACAGCAACGGUUUCAUAAGCAUAGACUGUGGCCUGUCGGGGAAGGCGGGGUACGUCGACAACGCCACCAAGCUGUUCUACUUGCCGGACGCCGGCUUCACCGACGCCGGCACGAACCACAACAUCUCGGCGGAGUACAUCUCGCCGGGGAGCUUCAGGAUCUUCGACAACGUGCGCAGCUUCCCCGGCGCCGUGCUGCGGAGCUGCUACACGCUCCGGUCGCUGGUGCCGGGCCUCAAGUACCUGGUGCGAGCCACCUUCAAGUACGGCAACUACGACGACCUCCGCAGGCCGCCGGUGUUCGACCUCUACGCUGGCGUCAACUUCUGGACCACCGUCAACAUCACCGACGCGACCACCGCGCGUGCCGCGGAGGCCAUCGUCGUGGUGCCGGAGGAGUCGAUGCAGGUCUGUCUCCUGAACACCGGCAAGGGGACGCCGUUCAUCUCCAGCCUGGACCUGAGGCCGCUGAAGAAUUCUCUCUACCCGAAUGCGAACUCAACGCAGGGCCUGGUCUUGGUCGACAGGUUCAACUUCGGCCCCAUGGAUACCAUAAUCAGGUUCCCAGAUGAUCCACGGGACAGACUAUGGACACCAUCGAUCGACACAGCUAGAUACGUGGAGAUAUCGACGACGAAGACGGUGCAGCACGUGGAGAAGGACGUGUUCGAGGCGCCGUCGGCGGUGAUGCAGACCGCGAUCGCGCCGCGCAACGCCUCCGACAGCAUCGAGGUCUACUGGAUCACCGGCGCUGGCGCCUACGGCGACCCUCCGCCGGGGUACGUCGCCGUGAUGCACUUCUCCGAGCUGCAGCUCCUCCAGGGCGGCGCCGUCCGCGCCUUCAGCAUCAGCCUGAAUGGGCAGUGGCUGGACCUUGACAUGCGGCCCGACUACCUCUAUGCUGACGCCUCCUACAACACCGCCCCCUUCACCGGUUCAGCCCGGUACAACCUCACGUUUCGCGCCACCGCCAACUCCACGUUGCCGCCCAUCAUCAACGCCCUGGAGGUUUUCUCGGUCAUCCCUACCACCAACGUUCCCACACAGCCUAAGGAUGUAUCUAGUAUCACGGCGAUCAAGAACCAGUAUCAGGUGAAGGUGAAUUGGAUGGGUGACCCAUGUGUUCCAAAGACUCUGGCAUGGGACUGGUUGAUCUGCAGCUACGCUAUUUCCAGCCCUCCAACAAUCACAUCCGUGAAUCUUUCCUUCAGUGGUCUGCAUGGUCAUAUAUCAUCUUCCUUCGCCAAUCUCAAUGCUCUCCAAUACUUGAAUCUCUCAUACAACUUCUUGACUGGCUCAAUUCCCGAGGCCCUAUCACAAUUAUCCUCACUAAUUCUUCUAGAUUUGACAGGAAACCAGCUCAGUGGAUCAAUCCCCUCUGAACUACUCAAAAGAGUACAUGAUAAAUCUCUCGAUCUAAGAUAUGAUAACAAUCCGGACCUUUGCAUCAAUGAUACUUGUCCACCUAAAAAAAGGAGACCCAACCUAGCUCUCUAUGUUUCUGUGCCAAUAGUUGCAGUCAUGGUGAUACUAUUGUUAUUUCUAUUUUGCUUGCUAAGACGAAAAAACAUAGGGACAGCGAACAAUACCAUCAUUCCACAAGAUGAGCCAAGACAUUCCCAGAAAGGUGACAACUACGGGCAUGCUACAAUGCAUCUUGAAAACCGCCGAUUCACGUACAAGGAUCUACAAAUCAUAACAAAUAAUUUCCAGAAAGUGCUUGGGAAAGGAGGGUUUGGGUAUGUCUACUAUGGCAUCUUGGAGGAGGGCACUCAAGUGGCGGUGAAACUGCGGUUACAAUCGUCAGAUCAAGGUGUAAAGGAGUUCCUUGGAGAGGCUCAGAUUUUGACACGUAUUCAUCACAAGAAUCUUGUCUCAUUGAUUGGUUAUUGUAAAGAUGGGGAGUACAUGGCACUUGUCUAUGAGUACAUGUCAGAAGGAACCCUACAAGAGCAUAUUGCAGAAAGAGAUCACAACAAGAGGAAUUUAACCUGGAGAGAGAGACUUCAAAUUGGGCUUGAAUCCGCACAAGGCUUAGAGUAUCUACACAAAGGGUGUAGCCCACCCCUCAUCCAUAGGGAUGUCAAGGCAACCAACAUCUUACUUAACGUGAAGUUGGAGGCCAAGAUUUCUGAUUUUGGAUUGUCCAAGGCUUUCAACCAUGAUAGUGACACUCAUUUAUCGACAAGCACACUUGUUGGAACUCCUGGAUACAUUGAUCCUGAGUAUCAUGCAACAAUGAUGCCAACAACCAAAAGUGAUGUAUAUGGCUUUGGGGUGGUGCUUUUAGAGCUGAUCACAGGGAAGCCACCCAUCCUUCAUGCCCCAGAGCCAAUCAGCCUUAUCCAUUGGGUGCAGCAGCGCUUGUUACAUGGAAACAUUGAGGGUGUGUUGGACACACGUAUGUAUGGUGCAUAUGACAUCAAUAGUGUUUGGAAGGUUGUCGAUAUAGCACUAAAAUGCACUGCACAAACAUCAACACAACGACCUACAAUGACAGAUGUGGUCUCACAGCUAGAAGAAUGCAUACACCUCGAGCUUGAUCAUGCAGGCAACGACACUGCAUUACCAAUUGGCCAUGUCAGUAAAAGUAGCACCAUAUUUGAAAUGGAUCAUCUGGAAAGGAUGCCAGCACCAAGCAUGUCUAGCGGUCCUUCUACACGAUAA